AUGUCGACUGGGAGUGUAUCAGAAACGACAGCGGCCGCAAACCCUAAUAAUGAUUUUGAAGUCACUCAGCCUCCCGACGAUUCCAUUUCGGCACUGGAGUUCAGUCCGGCCACGAUGCGGCAAACCUAUCUCAUAUCGGGUGGUUGGGACAAUACCGUACGUUGUUGGGAAGUCGGACAGAGCGGCCAAACCGUGCCAAGAGCCAUGCAGUCGAUGUCCAUGCCAAUUCUGGACGUCUGCUGGAGCGGUGACGGUACAAAGGUUUUCAUGGCGUCUUGUAACAAACAAGUGAAUUGCUGGGAUUUGACUAGUAAUCAAACAAUGCAAGUGGCAACUCACGAUGCACCCGUGAGCACUUGUCAUUGGAUCGAAACACCUUCUUACACUUGCAUUAUGACGAGCUCAUGGGAUAAAACAUUUAAACUUUGGGAUCUUAGAAGUUCAGCUCCCAUGGUGACCGAAAAUCUACCUGAAAGAGCUUAUUGUGCUGAUUUGGGAUAUCCUAUAGCGAUUUUCGGUACGGCAUCAAGACGUUUCGUUAUUUAUAAUCUAGAAGGAACUCCGUCAUUGUUGGGCACUAUUGCAUCUCCAAGUGCACAUCAACAUCGUUGCAUAGCUAUAUUCAGGGAUACAGUUACAAAAUCUCCUACUGGUUUUGGUUUUGGGGAUUGCUCAGGACGUUUAGGUAUUUUUUUAAACAUUAAUAAACAGCAAGGUCAAAGAGAAUAUUUUUCAUUUAAAUGUCAUCGUCGUAAUAUCCUGGGAGUGCGUACCACGCAAAACAUUUAUGCCGUGAAUGAUAUUAAGGUUCAUCCAGUCCAUGGUACAAUAGCGUCAGCGGGAUCUGAUGGCACAUAUGCAUUUUGGGAUAAGGAAAAACGUACAAGAUUAAUGGUAUCCAAUAUAUUGGACCAACCAAUCACAAAAUGUUGUUUUAAUAGCAAUGGUCAAAUAUUUGCUUACAGUUCUGGAUAUGACUGGUCAAGGGGUCAUGAGUAUUAUAAUGCAGCUCAAAGGCCGAGGAUAUUCUUAAGACCAUGCUUUGAGGAAAUGAAACCCAAGAUGGUACCUGCCUUAGAUUAA